CCGUGUAUAGCAACAUUAUACUUCAACAAAUUGAAAAUACAUAUUUCUAUGAUUUUCAAGAGAAUUUUGUCAAAAUAAAUUAAGACUGGUGAAGAGAAGAAAAUAAACAUUCUUCGUGGCAAUGAACAGAUGCAUUUUGGCCCGUGAAUUCAGGCUGUCACCUCCAAAUUGUCUGCACACCAGUCUCAGACUAAAAUCCAAAGAACCCAAGAAAACGAAGCGAUACACUCAAACACUUAACUUACCUAAAACAAACUAUCAAUUAACAUUAAGAGAUGGAGCAGCAAUAAAAAGAGAAUUAAAUAUUCAAAAAGUUUGCAGUUUCGAUGAAUUAUAUUUGUGGCAAAGACGUGAAGACCGAAAACAACAGUUUGUUUUACAUGAUGGUCCACCUUAUGCCAAUGGUUCUACACAUGUUGGUCAUGCUAUAAAUAAGAUAUUGAAAGAUAUAGUUAAUCGUUAUAAAUUAUUACAAGGUUAUAAGAUACACUAUGUACCUGGAUGGGAUUGUCAUGGUUUACCCAUUGAACUUAAAGCAUUAGAAAAAGGCAAAUCAGACCACAAGAAAAUGGAACCGUUAGAAAUUAGAAAGAAAGCCAAGGAUUUUGCUGUUAAAGUGAUUCAAACCCAGAAAGAAUCAUUUAAACAAUGGGGCAUCAUGGCCGACUGGGAAAAAUGUUACGUAACUUUAGAUCCUGAAUAUCAGGCAACUCAACUAGAAGUUCUCUAUAAAAUGUUUGAUAAGGGAUUUGUGUAUCGAGAUUAUAUGCCAGUCUACUGGUCUCCGUCAUCUAGGACAGCUUUAGCCGAGUCUGAAUUAGAAUAUAAUAACCAACAUGUCAGUAAAUCUGUUUAUGUCAAGUUUUUGUUAUCAGAGAUACCAGAUACAAUCAGAACUAUUACAGAUAAACCUGUAUAUGCUGUGAUAUGGACUACAACACCAUGGACGUUACCAUUUAAUCAAGCUGUCUGUUAUAAUCAUAACAUCAAAUAUGAACUCAUGGAACAUGUUGUAAAUGGUGAAGUUUAUUUAUGUGAGGCUGCAUUCAGUGAAAAACUAAGAAGCAUCCUCGAUCAAUCACUGACAUCAUUAGCUGUUGUAGAUGGCAAAGAUUUGAAAGGUAUCAUGUACAAACAACCAUUAACCAAUCAGAAUCUGAGUUUUAUAUCAGCUGAUCAUGUGACAUCUGGUAAAGGAACUGGAUUGGUUCACACCGCACCUGCUCAUGGUCAUGAUGAUUUUCAGAUUGCCGUAAAGCACAAACUUCCUGUGGAAUGUAAAGUAGAUGAAGAUGGUAGAUAUAUGAAAUCAGCAGGUGAUAAUUUAUAUGGUAAAACUAUUGGUAUAGAUGCUGAUCAAACAGUGAUUGAUUUAUUAAAGGAUAAUCUACUCCAUGUAGAGGAUUAUGUCCACAGUUAUCCGUAUGAUUGGCGGACUAAAUUACCAGUUAUAACCAGAGCCAGUAAACAAUGGUUUAUCAACACUAAUAUAGUCAAAAAAAGAGCUCUUGAAUGUUUAAAAGAUGUGGAAAUUAUUCCGAAAACGUCGGAAAAUGGAAUGAUUAAUCAGCUACAGACACGGCCAUAUUGGUGUAUAUCUCGACAACGAGUGUGGGGUGUUCCAUUUCCUGUAUUUUACAACAAACAAACGGGAGAUCCAGUGAUAACAAAAGAAAGUAUAGAACAUAUCUGUGGUUUAAUCAGGAAUCAUGGUAGUGAUAUUUGGUGGAGUUGGCCUGUUACAGAAUUAUUACCACAUUCUCUGUUAGAACAGCUAGGGCCUGAUGUAGUUAAUGAGUUAGUGAAAGGGGAAGAUAUAUUAGAUAUAUGGUUUGAUAGUGGUACUUCCUGGGCUACAGUUCUAAAAGAUGUAGAUAAUGUAGCUGAUGUAUAUUUAGAAGGUUUAGAUCAGUUUGGUGGAUGGUUUCAGACAUCAUUGUUAACUAGUAUUGCUGUAAAUAAUAAGCCACCUUACAAACAAUUAAUAGUUCAUGGUUUUACGACUGAUGAAAAAGGAAAGAAAAUGUCGAAAUCUGUUGGAAAUGUUGUAGAUCCAUCAACAGUUAUACAUGGUGGUAAGAAUAAAUCUGUGGAACCGUCUUAUGGUGUGGAUGUGUUAAGAUGGUGGACAGCUCGAUCUCAUCUAGAAACAAACAUUAUGAUUGGUCCAGCCAUAUUAGACAAAUUUCAAACAGAUAUUUUCAAUGUUAGAAAAUGUCUGAGGUUUUUAUUGGGUAAUAUUUCUGAUUUUGAUCCAAAUAAGGACGCUGUUGAAUAUUCAUCAUUAUUACCACAAGAUCAAUAUAUGUUACAUUUACUUUAUAUACACUGUCAGAAUAUAACUAAAUAUUAUGAAGAAUAUCAUUUUAGUAAAGUUUUAUUAGAUAUGGAGAAAUUUAUCAACACAGAUUUUAGUUUCUACUCCAGUAUAAUUAAAGACAGGUGCUACUGUGAAGAAAAACAUAGUGUAGAAAGAUUAUCCAGUAUAACUGUACAGUAUCAUAUGAUAGAUAUGAUUACCAAGUCUUUAGCUCCUAUAUUACCUCAUGUAGCAGAAGAAGUAUAUCAGUUUUAUCCUAAUAUAUCUAAAGAAGAAAGUGUGUUUAAAUCUAGCUGGUAUAGUUUAAAUAUUGAAUGGAAGAAACCAGAUUUAAAGAAUAAACUAGAAUGUAUUUUAGAUAUACGGAAAGAUUUAAACAGUAUUUUAGCUGCUGAGAAUACGUUAGAAUAUGAUGUUGUUAUUUACGCUAGCCAAUUACUACAUGAUAUAUUAAAGGAAUUCCAAAAAGAGACGACAUCAAGUACAUCAUCAUUAAAUGAAAUAUUACAGAUGUCUCAUACUAGUUUAUUGGACAAACCACCGACCAUUAUACCAGAAGACUCUCAAUCAGUUGAAGGCCUUACAACAGUUUAUGUUAAAGGUAUGAAAUGGCCAGAGAAAUUUAAAUUAAUUAUUAUUCCCGCUAUGGAUCAUAUCUGUGAAAGAUGUCGACGCUACACGUCUAAAAGUAGUACGGCACCAUGUGAUAGAUGUUUAUCUGUUCUAGCGGAUGAUUGGAUAAAUUAGUGUCAGGAAUGAGGCAGGGUAUGCUUACAAGUAAAGCAUUUGGUAACUGGGUUGAUUUUAUUCAUGAGAAGAGAACUUCGUAGAAAUCGACAGAUGGUGUGUUCUUCACUGCUAGUGAAUGGCAGAUAUGGGAAUUCAUACGACUUGGUUGUCUGUGUUGUUGCUUAACCAGAAUCGCGUCUGUCUGUAUAAACCAGUGGUUCUCAACCUUUUUUUUGCCAACGGCACACCUUGGAACACAUGAAAAAAAUAGCGGCACACCUGGCUAAAUAUAUAUGAAAAAUAUUUGAAUUUUGCCAAAUAAAAACAUGGCAAGUCAUAGACCGCAUACAACUCUAGACACAGAGACUAGUCAUAGACACAUAGAAUGACUCAAACUAAAUGGAGAAAAACAACAGCUAUUGCAGUGUUUCGAAUUUCAUCCGUCAAUUUCAUCGCGGCACACAGGUUGAGAAUCACUGGGGUAAACUGUGAGUCUGGUUCAGCGAAUCUAAUAUAGAGUAUUUCUAACGUUUAUGUAAUACAAAGUUUCUGAUUUUUACUAAUCAAGGUUUCGACUAGGAUUCUGUAGUCCAGUGGUUUAUAACUCAGUCAGUCUCAGUGGUUCGAUGGAGGUGUGCGUGUCCAUUCUGUUCACCAGGAAUACUUUUGGCAUUCCCACAAUACUUUUAUGGCAUUUUCAGUGUUUCACCUUAAGAAAACUGAUGGAUAUUGAUGAAUAUUUAUGGCAAAUUCUAAAAACUGUUGUGUAAUUUAUGGUGUAAUUUAUGUUACAUAAUUAAUUUUUCGAAUAUGAAGGAUUAGGUGAAUGCACGUAUGAAACUUGCGGGUUUCAGUACCCCCAAAAAGGUUAAGAACCACUGCUCUAAUCUGUAUCAAGACAUGGUGACAACCUGCAGAGUGUACCAAGUCAAUCUGAUUAAAACACAGUUCCUAUUUCGUUUUGGUUUUUAUAGUAAAAAAUUUCGUUUUACUUGUCUUUAUUACACUAGGAUCUGGAAGAGUUGUUAUAUUACCCGUGUUCUGGAUGAGAUGAUGGAUUAGCCAAUGAAACUGUCUGUUACGGCGAGUUCUAGGCCUUUUUAUGCACGGAACUGUGGGUAAACCACUAGAAACGUCAACGCUGAUUGAUCAAUCAAUGUCAACGUCAUAGUGUCAAAAACUGCUCAUUUGAACCCUGACGUGAACUCCCACUAUAACUUGUCAGAUCUUCAUGUAGUGUAGGCCAUCGAAAGUAUAAAAAAAACGAAAUGAAAUAUAGAUCUGUAUUGUAAUCAGAUUAAUACCUAGUGUGAGGUAUAGAAAUCAUCACCACAAACAUACUGAGACCUUUUCUGUCAUGACAAGGAAGAAUAAUAAUUCCUCGUUUCUAAUAAAUUUGGAAAUUGUGUAAUGGAAUAUUGGAUUAGAUAAAAAUCUAUGGUUUAUUCAAAGAAAGUGGUAAAUGAACAUCUCCCUAACUAUUGGAAUCUUUAGAAAUAGCAGAACUAACAAACAAACAUUUUUGAAUAAUAUUUUAAUAAUCGGUCACAUUAAAUAAAACACAAAACUUUAUGGAUUACAGUUGCUGAAUUUAAUAAGGAGCAAUAUUUCAACAAUGACUCUCUUGUCAUUAUCAAUCACAAUAUGGACACUGCUAGAAAGUUAUUAUAGUCUUUAAAGUAUUGGGUUUUCUUUUACAAAUAUAAUCAAAUCACUUGAUUUAGAACAAUUUGCUAUUAUGGUUUUUGAAUUUUUUGAUUUAAUGGCAGUAUGUCAUAAGCAAAAUUCUAAAGUCUGUAUUUUGAACAGUCUGAAUUGUGCCAGUGAGCACAUUUUUAAAUUCUAUCUUUUACUACAGUGGUAAUUGAUUGCCAAUAGACACAGUUCUAAAUUAUAUGUUUGCUUUGUUUGAGUGAGUUGCCUUCUGAAAUGAUGGAUUAUUUAAACCUUGUGCUCUGUAAUUGAAAGAGAGAAGUUUUGGUGAACUGAGUGACCUGUGGUUGGGUGUUGAUAUCAAAGUAAGAAUGAGUGAAUUGUUGAUGUGUUGUUAAAUUUAUUAGAUUUAUUAGAUUAUUAGAAUCAGGUUUUAUGAGAGUGUUCUCUCUAAUAUAAGUGCAUGUCACACAACCAUGUGAAAAAAUCCAACACUUUCGUCCACUUUUUUGUUGCACUUUACAUUAUGGGCCAUUCGCUUUAUUAUCUUAUACUUCUCAUAUGGCUGUUUCAAACAAAUAAAUGUAUAUCACAGUGCCAUUUAGAUGUGAAAAGAUGAGGAUUUUAACUUAAAAACUAUUAGGCUUUAUGAGAGUGUUCUCUCUACUAAGUGCACGGCAAACCAGCUACAAUUAAAUGUAUCGUUAAACUGUGUGGCUUGAGUAAGGUCGAAGACAUCAGUAGUGGAACCAUUUCUAACAUCAAACAACCUUGUGUGGGAGCCACGGGGGCUAAGUGGGUAGGUAAGAUGCUAGGUCGCUAACCUGGAAGUCGUAUGUUCGAUCCCUGCAUUGCUGUCUAGUCGUUCGGAUCGGAUCGAAAACUUGGGUCCUCUGUAUACAUUGGCGUGAACAUAAAAGAUCCCUUGGCAGUUGGAAUUCGAUAUCAGAGUAGGCCAUCAUGCCACUGCCCGGGCAAAAUUUCCCUCAUAGCACACUAAGGGAUCUUAACAUGCACGCAAAUAUGUACACAGGACCUCAUUUUUUUCAUCCCAUUUAUAUUACUAUACGUUGUCCCUCCUGCACCACUGACAAGGGGGGAACCAUGCUGGAAAAUCCCGAUGAACUUUCAACACAGGGGCAUACUUUAUAAAGAUUAAUCUAUAAUCUAAAUUUAUAAACAGAUAUAAUCUUUGUAUGAAUAUGGGAUCAUAUUGUAUUGUAUGUUAUAGGUUUAUAAAUGAAGGAAAACAGAUUCUGAUUUGAAUAUAAGUGCUGUUUGUUAUUUAAUGAUAAAAUAAAACUUUUAUAUUAAAUGUU